GGGGCACGGCCGCGGCGCUCCCGCGGGGAGGCGGCGUCGCAGCCCCAAAACCUGCGCUUCCCCAUUUAUUUCAUUUCUUCCAGGUGACGCGACGUCCCCUCAGGCUGUAACACGCCGACUCCUGCGUUUCCCGCCGCCGGGCAAGGAGCAUCCUCUCGGGAUGGGGGGCCGGCGGUCUCCUUUAGAAGCGGGCGUGCCGUGCCAGGCAGAAUUGUGGGGUGACCUCGGGGUGUUCGAAGAAGAUGAGGAGCUGGAGGGUUUCAGGAGGGAGGCGGAAGUUCUGCGUGAGAAGCUGAGGGAGGCUCUGAGUCAUACAUCUGGUAACAUAAGGCAGUCCAGUUCUUUGACCGACCUCACCUCAGACAGUACCUGGGAUCAGCAAAAGCCUCACUUGUUUCCUAAGUGCCACUUGAGGCCAAAAAGUGCUUCAUCUCCCUGGAUUCCUUCCAUCACCAUCCCUCAGCCUUUCCAAAUGACUCUGCGGGAAGCUCGCAAAAAGUCUGAGUUGAUGAAGUCAUACAUGUUUCUUGAACUAGACAAACAGAGAGACAAAAGGCAAAGCCAGGAUGAAGCUGAAUGUCAGAAACAAUUCCGGGCACAGCCUGUACCUGCCCAUGUGUUUCUGCCCCUUUAUCAGGAAAUAAUGGAACAGAAUGAGAUUCGCAGGCAAGCAGCAACACAGAAAAGAAAGGAGCUGCUACUUUCAACACAGCGGCCCUUCAGUUUUCUGGAGAAGGAAGAGAAAAAGAAAGAAGCUAUCAGACAAAAAUUCCUGGCAGCAGCAACCCCAAAUGAGAGCUCCAAACAGAAGCAAGCCAGUAAAAAAGUACCUAAAUCUACUUAUGACUCACUUCUUGGAGAUAAACUCAAAGAAGCUGAACUCUACAGGGAAAUCCGUAUUCAAAUGAGAGCAAAGGACUUGCUCAAGAGCUCCGUAGCUCCUAUAGAUACCAGCAACUGUCGGAGGGAGCCUCAGUCCCGAACUGCCACCAGAACUAAGCAGGAAAGACUUGGCUUCUUACAGGACAGAAGUUUCAGCUUCAAACCAAGGAUUAAUCCAACAAUACCAGAUUUUGAAGAACUGUACUGGGCAUUUCAGAGGAAAACAGCAAGGAGACAAGAAAUCAAAGAGCCAACUCGUAAUAAACCAUUCAAGCUAAGAACCUCCAAUCUCCAUGCCAGGCAGAGGCAGGCUAAUGAAAAGAUAAAGGAUUCUCAGAAGCUUUCCAAGGUUUCAGUGCAAAAAAGUCACUCUCUGCCUGGACUUUCCUCCCUCUCUUCCAACACCCUUCCUGUGCAUAUUACAGAUGCAACUAGAAAGAGGGAAUCAGCUAUUAGAUAUGCCCAAGAUAGCAAAAAGGAAGGGGACAAAGAAGGAAUUUAUUGGCUGGAGAAACAGAAAAUGAAAUGCCAAGCUAUGCAAAAGUCUCUGAACAGCCGAGCAAAAGCACUGGAUCCUCAUAAAAGUCUGGAGGAAACACAAAAGGAGAAGUCAAAACAGAUCAGGCAAAAUAUGCAAGACAGAACAAAAGAAUACAGAAAAGAACUGGAAGAAAUGCAGCUGCGAGUCAAGAACAGACCAUUCCUCUUCGAACAGGUCACAAAGCAUGGUGCUCGUCAAGGAGCAGAGUGUCGCUACAGACGCACCCUCCAGCAGGUUGGCCUGAGUGAAGAAUUUGUAAGGAAAAAAGGGAAAGACGCCACUGACUUGCUGGGAGAAGAAUCUGAUGUUCACAGGCUGCCCGAGCCUCAGGGUGAAAAGGAUGACUGUACUGAACAGGAAGGAGUACCUCAGGAGGAACAGAGCACAAAGGGAGUGGCAACAUAAAAGCUCGCAGAAGAAUCCAUCAAUCAGCUCUUGAGGUUUUUUGUUCAAGAAUCUCCAGAUUAAUCCUCAGGAACUUAAUAGUUUAAGCUGACACCUAAGAGAAUUGCUGUGGGGUGAGAUGGGAGAAUUUAGUAAAGGGAAAAAAAACAACCGUUGUUUACAGCAUGUCUUGUUAAACCCAGCAAACCCUGCAGCCUCCCUUUGUCUUUAAGUGUCUCUUGCAUGAGCUCUUUUCCUUUAAUGGGCAACAAAACAAGUUAAAGAGGUUGAAGCACUAUCUUUGGAUAAAAGUUGAUAUUAAAGAUUGAAGAGGUGCAUCCUGUAGUGUCAACUCUUGGCAUUCAUGCCACAGUAGCACAUGGGAAGAAAGAAUGCCUUCCACUGUGCACUGUUUUAGACAGCCAUGGUAGAAUGCUUUCAAACAAAUAUCAGGAUUUGACCCACCUUGGGAGAAAACUCAAAGCAAAGUUU